CCGCGCCCUUGCCCUGGGCCGCCCGCCGCCCGCCCGCCGCGCCCCGCGCCGCCCGCCGGGUGCAUGCAUUGUGAGCCCGACAUGGUCUGCGAGACGAAGAUCGUGGCCGCCGAGGACCAUGAGGCGCUGCCGGGGGCCAAGAAGGACGCGCUGCUCGCCGCCGCCAUGUGGCCCCCGCUGCCCGCCGCGCCGCCGCCCGCGCCGCAGCCGCAGCCGCAGCCGCAGCCCCGGGGCGGCGCGGGGGGCGCGGGGGGCGCGGGGCCGCCGGAGGGGCGCGGCGUGCACAUCCGCGAGUUCCGCGCGGCCGAGCAGGAGGCGGCGUGCCGCAUCUUCUACGACGGCAUCAUGGAGCGCAUCCCCAACACGGCCUUCCGCGGCCUGCGGCAGCACCCGCGCGCGCUGCUGCUCUGCGCCCUGCUGGCCGGGCUGUGCUGGGCGCUCACCGGCUCGCUGCUGCUGACCUGCCUGGUGCCCGCGGGGCUGCUGGCGCUGCGCUACUACUACAGCCGGAAGGUGGUCCUCGCCUACCUGGACUGCGCGCUGCACACGGACAUGGCGGACAUCGAGCAGUACUACAUGAAGCCGCCCGGCUCCUGCUUCUGGGUGGCCGUGCUGGACGGCAACGUGGUGGGCAUCGUGGCGGCGCGGGCCCACGAGGCGGACAACACCGUGGAGCUGCUGCGCAUGUCCGUGGACUCCCGCUUCCGCGGCAAGGGCAUCGCCAAGGCGCUGGGCCGCAAGGUGCUGGAGUUCGCCGUGGUGCACAACUACUCCGCCGUGGUGCUGGGCACGACGGCCGUCAAGGUGGCCGCCCACAAGCUCUACGAGUCGCUGGGCUUCAGACACAUGGGCUGCAGCGACCACUACGUGCUGCCCGGCAUGACCCUCUCGCUGGCCGAGCGCCUCUUCUUCCAGGUCCGCUACCACCGCUACCGCCUGCAGCUGCGCGAGGAGUGACCGCUGCCCGCCGCCCGCGCCCGCCCCCGCCGCCCCCGCCCGGGCCUGCUUUCCGACCGCGCCUUGGCGUUUCCGUGGGGCUUUUCCUUCUUCAACAUCGCGUGGUUCUCUGGCUGGUUCCUGGGGGGCGGGGCUAUUGCUCAUCCGUGACACUUUGGGGGGUGGGGCGUUUGCAGCCACGGCCCCCUGCCUGCCCAGCCUGCUGGGACUGCGCCCUGAAGAGUGACAGCAUGGACCACCGCAGGCCCCCGCAGCCGCCCGGCCCUGGGGGGCGGGGCCCCUGGCCCACAGCCGCCGGCCCGGGCCCAGCCUUGCCCACCAAGCACAGAACCUCUGCAGUGAGGCCCUGGCCCAGCAGAUGGCUGGCCGCUGGCCCGGCUCUGGCUCGGCCGUGGGUCCCCAGGAGGCGUGGCCUGCCGGGCUGGUGGCCACUGCCCCUCGGGCCCGCUCUGUGCAUGCUGAGCACGUGGCUGCCCGCAGCAUGCCGCAUGCCCACAGCUCCGCCCGCUGCCCGCCCGCCCGUGGGGCCCAGACUGAGGAGCGUCCCUGCCCGCCCCGAGCCAGCCCGGGAGCCACCUGCUUGCGGGAGGCCCGUCCCAAGAGCCCCGCUUCAUCUGGUUCCGCUUUGCUUUGACACCCGGUCGCCUUCCCCGUGGUCCCCACCCCUCCCCUGCCCAGGCUUUGCUGAUUGGCGUCAUCACCCGGUGUGGUUCCCAUAGCAACCGACUGCACAGCCUGGGUCAGAGCCCUGCAGGGGAGCAGGGUGGGGAGGCCGCCCCCUGUCCUCCCCUUCUCUUUUCCCCACACCCACCUGGCCUCAGCCUGCCCUGUGAAUACUGCCCAGCUGCUGCCACCACCACAGCCCACAGCUGCCCCCGCCUGGCACCGACCUGCUUUUUACUCAGUUCCUUAGACAGAAUAGCACUCUGCAUGCUGUAAUCCUGGACAGAACGGCAGUGGAUGCCCUCGCACAUGCACACCUGUGUGGCUGGAACAGGUCACUUCCUGCCCAGUUUGGUCCGGGUGGGCGGGGGGUUUCAAAGUGUGGGAUCUGGAGGGAGGUCCUGACUUAGCGUCGCUUUCCCCCGAAGAGCGUUCCCGGCUUGUGAGGAGGCUGAGGCCCCGCGCAGCUCGGAGGGGCCGCUGCCUUUGGGAGGGAAUGGGGCCCUCGUCCAGCGUGGCUGGGGGCUGAUGCUGCUCGGCCUCCUGAGGGGGGGCCGGGCCUCUGGCAGGGUGGUCCGGGCGGGGACGAGCAGGUGGUCGGCAGUGGCCGCGUGUCCAGCUGCAAGCCGGGACCUGCCACUGAGACCCCUUCAUGGGGGCUUGGAGGGAGGGACACUCUAAAGGGGCCUCGGAAGGGAGCGAGCGAGCACCCAGCCCGGUCUCGCCGAGCCGCGUGCUGGGCGAGGCGUUCGCAGAGCCCUGUACAGACCCCGGAGGCCAGCCCCGCUUGGGGUGGGGUUUUGUAGACUGUACAGAAAUCGGCACCCUAUUUUCUUGCAGCUCAGAUUUUGUUAACCUGGAUUAUACAGACAGACGUAAAGUGUUUUAGCAAAAUGGAAAA